AUGCUCUACCGGAUUUCAAUCCUCAUCCUCAAUUUCCUCUUCCCACCUUUAGCAGUCCUGCUACUCACCGGCCCCAACUUCGACUUCGCCCUCAACUGCGUCCUUCUGCUCCUCGCCGUCAUACCAUCACAUGUCCACGGGUUUCUCAUUAGUACGACCUUCUUCCAUCGAAGGUCGAAGGUCAAGAAGGGACAAUAUCCGGGUGAUCCCAUCCCGUUGAUUACGAGUGAAUACGUUACUAAUGGCGGUGCUACAACUCGGGAGGUUGUGCUCUUGAAGAAUGCCGAAGGGAGGAAGCGGAGGAGAUCAUCUCGUAGAUGA